AUGGAUGACUUUGAUGUUGAAAAGUAUUUGAGUCAGGCAUUGACCAUUGGCCGGUUACGUCAGCUACGAAAGGUUGAUUUAACAGCUGUAGGAACAAAGCUAUUGGUAAAUCUAACUGGUCACAAAAGCAAGGCAGAAAUAGUUGAUGCAAUUACAGCCCAUGCAGGACUGAGCGCUGCGACGGUCGCGGCCCGAGCAGACGCGCCUACAACUAAUGAUAAUGGUGGUACUAAUAACCAAGAUCAAGCUACCAGUGACGAGGUUGGCCUUGAUUUAGCUAAGAUUGAGCUAGAGGAGAGAAGAGAUAGAAUAAAGGCUGCUGAGCAUGAGAGAGAAAUGGAACGAGAUAAACUAAAGGCUGCUGAGCAUGAGAGAGAAAUGGAACGAAAGAGGUUGGAAUUUGAAAUGAUACGCCAUAAUGACGUGAUUUCUCAGAGCAGUCAGUCUGGUGAGAGAGACAAGAGGUCAAUGGAAGCUGGGUUCUCUGCUAGGGUUAAGCUUGUUCCGAGAUAUGAUGAAAAUGAGUUAGAUUCAUUCUUUCUUAUGUUUGAGAGGGUUGCCAUGAAAAUGGAGUGGCCGGAAAAUGAAUGGGCAUUGCUCAUCCAACAAGUGAUUUCUGGUAAAGCUCAGUCGGUUGUUUCUGCACUGAGUUAUGAGCAGGCGUUUGAUUAUUGGACAAUGAAGGAUGCUAUUCUUCAUUCAUUUGAGUUGAUUCCAGAAGCCUACCGUCAGAGGUUUCGCAAUCUCAGGAGAGAAACUGGAGAGACCUGUGUAGAAUUUGCUCGUAGAAAAGAGGUUGCCUUCGAUCAGUGGAUCAGAUCUUUGAAAAUAGAUGCCACAUAUGAUUCUCUUCGAGAGAUUAUGCUCAUUGAUGAGUUUAAAAGAUGUCUGUCUCAAGAGGUUAGGACAUAUGUCAAUGAUAAUGUAGUUGCUGAUGUGCGAAAGGCUGCCAUGUUGGCAGAUGGGUACGAAUUGACUCAUAAAGGGAGUAGGUCACCACUUACUAGGCGUUGGAACCCUACCCAUGCUCCUAGUAGUUCUAGUUGGAAUGGCGACAAAUCUAGGUCACCUACUGCUAAGAGGAAGUCCAGUAAUACAGGUCCUAAUCAGGAUAGCGGUGUUAGAACUGAAGGCAGACUUUUCUGUGCAUACUGUAAGAAAGAGGGCCACCUUAAGACUCAAUGUACAAGACUUAAAGACAAAAAACUUGAACAAGAAAUUACUCAGCCUAGUGGUUUUGUACGCCCUGCAGCGGUUGACAUGCAACAACAUGAAAUGAAUGAUCACAAUGAAACAAAAAGAAGUGAUCAAGUAAAAGAUGGUGGACAUGAUGAGGAGAUUGAUGAAGGAUUUCUAGAUUUUGUUUCUUAUGGCACGGUUAGGUUCAGUGUUGAUGAUAAGGAGUUGCCUAUCACGAUUUUAAGGGAUAGUGGUUCUAUGAAGACUCUGCUUAUUGCUGAUGCGUCCUCCUUGGACACAGAGAAUUUCACAGGCAAGAAAGUUUUGAUUCAAGAUGUGAAUGAUGGCUUCAAACCGGUUCCAUUAUAUAACAUCGAGCUUAGCAGUGGAUUAGUAUCUGGACCAGUGACUGUUGGCAUUGUUACUAAGUUGCCUAUGAGAGGAAUUUCAAUGUUGCUCGGCAAUGAUUUAGCCGGAGGUAAGGUGUUCCCAUCACCCGUUGUGUGUGACAUUCCUGAGAUGAGUUCAGAGACAGAGGAAUUGGAAAAUGAAAUUCCUGGUAUUUUUCCUUCAUGUGUAGUUACUAGAGCCCAGGCUAUGAAAGAGAAAGAAAAAGAUGACAAUGAUGGUGAAGUCAAUUUGGGUGACACUUUUUUCAGAAUGUUGAAUGAGGGCCAAGAUGACCAGAUUCAUGAUAAGCCUAUCUUCAGUCAACCUGCGUUGAUUGAGGCUCAGAAAGCAGCAGAGGACUUGAAGAAGUUGUUUGAUGUUGCUCUACCAGCAGGAGAAGCUGAAAAGGUGUCACAGUGCUACUUCACAAAAUGUGAUGUGUUAAUGCGAAAGUGGUGUCCAGCUGGGCGUCCAGCAGAUGAAGACUGGGCAGUGGUAAAUCAGAUUGUAGUUCCCCCGGAGUAUAGGCAGGAGAUUUUAAGGUUGUCUCAUGAUAUUCCAGUGGCAGGACAUCUUGGUGUGAGGAAGACUGUUGCCAGAAUUGAGGCUCAUUUUCACUGGCCGGGACUCCGCAAAGAUGUAUCUGAGUAUUGUAGAUCUUGUCAUGCCUGUCAAGUGGUGGGGAAGCCUCAACAUCGAAUCAAGCCAGCACCACUUAUUCCCAUUCCUGUUAGUCAGGAACCAUUCAGUCGUGUUCUGAUAGAUUGUGUGGGCCCUCUACCCAAGACUAGGACUGGUUCUCAGUACUUGUUGACUAUCAUGGAUACAACGACUCGCUUUCCUGAAGCAUUCCCAUUGAGAAAUAUCAAGGCCAAGACAGUGAUUGAUGCCCUCCUGAUGUUUUUCACACGUUAUGGUCUCCCACAUGAGAUCCAGUCAGAUCAGGGCUCAAAUUUCACAUCAAAUGUAUUUCAAGAAGUGAUGUAUCAACUUGGAAUCAAGCAGAUUAACUCAUCUGCUUACCACCCGCAGUCACAGGGUGCCCUUGAGAGGUACCACCAAACCUUGAAGACAAUGAUCAAGUCUUACUGUUUGGAGAAUAGUGGAGAUUGGGACAAGGGUAUCCCAUUUUUGUUGUUUGCCUCCAGAGAUACUCCUAAUGACUCCACAGGGUUCACCCCCUUUGAACUGGUGUUUGGUCAUGAACCAAGAGGACCAUUGAAGGUAGUGAAAGAGCAACUCUUGUCUGAGAUGAAGGAGGAAAAUGAGAAUGUGUUGGACUAUGUAUCACAAUUCCGUGAAAGACUAUCGAGGGCGUGUGAGUUGGCAGGACAACAUUUGAAGUCAUCUCAGGUUGUGAUGAAGGCUCGUGCUGAUAAAAAGGCAGAAUCUCGCUCCUUUGAGCAUGGUGACAAAGUUCUAGUGUUGUUACCAAUCCCAGGUGAACCACUCAGAGCUAAAUUUAGUGGACCGUACAUGGUGGAGAGAAAGUUGGGUAAGGAGACAUAUCUUGUGAGCACUCCAGAUAGGAGGAAGACUAAGAGAGUUUGUCACAUUAACAUGCUGAAGAAAUAUUAUGACCGUGAGGAUAGAGUGCCAGUUGCUGUUGUGUGUGAAGAAACAGUUAACAGUGAUCCAGAUAUGCUUGAAUUCACAGAGGAAGCAGAUAUUGGAUCUGGGAUGUCUGGUAAGGUGAACAAUUCCCAGGUGAUGGCAAAUCCUGCUGAGGUAUUGGGUCAUUUGUCUGAGCAGGAACAGCAUGAUGUGAUAGAGAUUCUGUGUGAGUACCCUGCAGUGUGUACAGAUAAGUUAGGUUGUACUCUGCGAACGGUACAUGAUGUAGAUGUAGGAGAUAGUUUGCCCAUCAAACAGCAUCCUUAUAGAUUGAAUCCUAGGAAGAAAAAUCAGGUGCAGACGGAGCUUCAGUAUAUGCUAGACUGUGGUAUCGUUGAGCCAAGUCAGAGCUGCUGGAGUUCACCUGUAGUCCUUGUUCCCAAGCCUGAUGGAAGUCAGCGCUUUUGCAUUGAUUAUAGGAAAGUUAAUGCUGUGACUAAGCCUGACUCGUUUCCCCUACCCCGUAUUGAGGAUUGCAUAGACCAAGUAGGUAGUGCGAAGUUCAUCACAAAGCUUGAUCUCAUGAAAGGGUACUGGCAAGUACCCCUUUCAAGAAGGGCGAAGGAGGUUUCUGCUUUUGUGACUCCCCAAGGGUUAUUUCAGUGUAGAGUUAUGCCCUUUGGCAUGAGAAAUGCCCCGGCAACAUUUCAGCGGCUUAUGACUGAUGUCAUUGCGGGACUUGACAAUGUAGUGGUGUAUAUUGAUGAUAUCCUGGUUUUCAGUGACACAUGGUCAGAUCACCUAGCUUACCUGAGAGACUUGUUUGACAGACUGACCAAGGCUGGUCUUGUUGUGAACUUGGCCAAGUGUGAAUUUGCUAAAGCCACCGUCACAUACUUGGGUCAUGAGGUUGGACGGGGACAUGUUGUCCCACGGCAAGCAAAGGUCCAAGCUAUCGUGGAAUUUCCUGCCCCUUCAUCCAAGAAGGAAGUGAUGAGAUUUCUUGGGAUGUGCGGGUUUUACCGCAAGUUUGUUCCAAACUUCAGUGACCUUGUUGCACCCCUCACUGACCUUCUCAAGAAGGGAAUUAAGUUUGAGUGGUCAAGCUCAUGUGAGAUAGCAUUUCAGAAGUUAAAGGCAGUGCUAAUGUCAAAACCAGUGCUGGAUGCUCCCAAUUUCCAGAAGCCUUUUCAGCUUGCCACUGACGCCAGUGAUGUAGGAGUUGGUGCUGUUCUCCUACAGAUGGAUGACAUGGGUCUCCUGAAACCCAUUAGCUACUUUUCUAAGAAGCUCAACCCCCACCAGCGAAGAUAUUCUACUAUAGAGAAGGAGUGUCUUGGUCUCGUCUUGGCAGUUCAGCACUUCGACGUGUACAUUAGCAACUCUUCAGAGGUGACUGUAUUCACAGAUCAUAAUCCAUUAACUUUUCUUGAGCGCUUCAGAAACAAAAACCAGAGACUGUUUCGUUGGAGUUUGUUUCUCCAGCCUUAUGGACUGAAAGUGACUCAUAUCAAAGGAAAGGACAACAUAAUUGCAGACACGCUUUCUAGAGCUUAA